AUGGCCGAUGUGCGGGGAUCAGACUUUUCGGAACUAGUCCGGUAUUCUCCAAAAAUGAUGACGACAGCCGGUGUUUUAACAAUUAUAAUGAUGGUCAUCGGAGUAGUUGGCAACAUGUUAACAGUGGCAGCCCUGUUAAGACACUCAAAAAUAAGAACAGUGGCGGCGGCAUUUAUUGCAUGCUUGUGUAUUUCGGAUCUGUGCUUCUGCUUCCUGGUGCUACCCUUCUCCGCCAGUCAGUUCUUCCACGGUACCUGGAUCCACGGCGAGAUACUUUGCACCUUGAUACCAUUGGUGCGUUAUGGCAGCGUUGCCAUAUCGCUGUUCAGCGUGGCUAUGAUAUCGGUGAACCGAUACUUCUUGAUAGCGUUUCCGCACCUCUACUCGAAAAUCUACACCAAAUUCAAGGUAUCGCUGUACAUAGGCGGGAUCUGGCUGUUCAGCUACGGCGUGCAGAUCCCGAUCUUGCUGGAGAAAUGGGGCAGGUUCGGAUUCGACGACAAGUUGGGCACCUGCUCCAUAAACCCCGACGAAAACGGGCACAGCGCCAAAACGUCUCUGUUCGUGAUGGGCUUCGCGAUACCCUGCACCAUAAUCGUCCUAUCGUACGCGAACAUUUUCUACGUGGUGCGAAAGUCCCACAAACGCCUGCAAGCGCACAGCACCAGCAUGCGCUACAAACGCAGCGAAAUGAAGAUCACCAAAAUGGUAUCGGUGAUCUUCGUUUGUUUCGUCAUCUGCUAUCUACCGCUGACGAUCGUCAAAAUCUUCGACACCGAGGUUAGACACGCCCCCUUGCACGUGGUAGGCUACUUGUUGAUUUACAUGUCGUCCUGCAUCAACCCUGUAGUGUACGUCACCAUGAACAAGCAGUACCGACAGGCCUACUUGGACACGUUGAUGUGCAAAAUGAACAGCAAGCUGGAGUCGCAGAACACGCCCCAGCAACACAGCAAAACUCACAUGUCCGUUUCGUAUUUAAAAAACAUCGUUGUUAACACUUCUCCGAAAGUUUGA